CCCCACUACAAUCACUGCAGCUCCACAGAGAGAUAGAGUGUGUGUGUGUGUGUGUGUGUGUGAGAAACUCAUCCACGGUGACAUCCUCCACAGCUCACUAAGAGUCUGAGCCAUGUCUGAUGUAGAAGAAGAAUACGAAGAGCAGACAGAGGAGGCAGAAGAGGAACAAGUGGAGGAAGAAGAAGAAGAAGAAGCCGUUAGACAGGAGGAUGAAGAGCAGCAGGAAUACACGGAUUAUCAAGGAGAAAACCAGGAAGAAGAGGAGGAACGGCCACGCCCCAAGCCGAUGGCUCCUCAACUGGCUCCCCCGAAGAUCCCGGAAGGAGAGAGAGUCGACUUUGAUGACAUCCACAGGAAGAGGAUGGAGAAAGACCUGCUGGAGUUACAGACUCUGAUCGAGGCUCACUUUGAGCAGAGGAAGAAGGAGGAGGAGGAGCUGAUCGGACUGAAGGAUCGAAUUGAGAGACGGCGCUUUGAGAGAGCUGAGCAGCAGCGUGUCCGAGCAGAGAAAGAGCGAGACCGACAAACACGCAUCGCUGAGGAGCGUCAGAGGAAGGAGGAUGAGGAGGCGAAGAAGAGAGCAGACGAUGAGGCGAAGAAGAAGAAAGUUUUGUCCAACAUGGGGGCAAAUUUUGGUGGCUUUCUUGCUAAGGCGGAGCAGAGACGAGGAAAGCGUUUGACUGGGAGGGAAAUCAAGCGGAAAACCUUAUCAGAAAGACGAGCCACUCUUGGCAUUGACAAUUUAAGAGAAGAUGGACUCCGGCAGCGAGCUCAGGAGAUGUGGGAGUGGAUUUAUCAGCUGGAGUCAGAAAAGUUCGACUUCAUGGAUCAGAUGAAGAAGCAGAAGUACGAGAUUGUGGUUCUGCUGAACAGGAUCUCACACGCCCAGAAGUUCAAAAAGGUUCAUGGGAAGGGAAAAGUUGGAGGUCGCUGGAAAUAAACAGUUUUGUUCUUACAAAAGCAGAAGUUAGAAAAUGAAUGAACAAAGAAAAUAGAAAUGAAAAUAGAGAAGAAAAGAAAAGCGAGAAGCCUCUUCCUCUUCCCUCGCUCCGUCUGCACACUCGUCUGUCCCGAUAAUAAAGACGUUCUCUAAUCAA